AUGAACAAGCGAAAGAGGGUCUUUACAGAGUCAGUGCGGGAAGUCAUGUAUGCUUACGGAGACACGAAUCCACCUGCUUCUGAUACUGUCGAAUUGAUGGAAGACCUGCUACUUGAAUACUUUUAUGAUUAUGUAUGCUUCUCCUCGCAUUCAGUCUUCUUACGAGAGGUGAAAAAGUGCUCUGGAGCUAGAAAGACCAAGUUGGUUGAUUUCUUGUUUCCAUUGAGGCGAGAUCCUCCCAAACUGGCUCGAGCCAAGGAACUGAUUGUCAAGGAUAAAGAGAUUCGGAAGGCACGACAGAUCGCUGGUGGUGAAAUCGACGAUCUGCAAAAACUCGCAAAGGCGAAAAACCAAUAA